CUUUGGUGUUGAGAACUGUACUUAAACUAUAUGAAAUGAAAUAUUGAACGUACAGUUUCUGAUCAUUAUGGCUCUAGAUAGCAUUCUGAUAGAGAGUAUACAAAAUCAUAACCUUGACAUUAUAUCCUUGGCUUGCCUUUAUUUACAAACAUUCAAAUGAGGUCAGUAUAUCGCUGUAUUAAGAAAUGACUCUUAUCUCUGUAGUAAAAGUUUCCAUUCAUGAAGUGCCCCUUGAUCGUAAUUUAUUGCGCUUAAAUAGAUCAAAUAUUCAGGAUGGCGCCGGUUGCGAAACUGUAGUUUGUUUAAUCAAUGUACAUCGUAAUGGAGCUAGCUGGCACCGGUUUCCUGAAGAGACACAUGUCAUGCAGGCAUUUGGUUAUGUAAUAAUUGUAAAUUAAUUAACAAUCGAGUGCCAUAAUGCUUUUAUCGCUUCUAGACAUCAUUCGGCUCUUAUUACCAUUGGAGGCAAACGAACCAGAUUGAGGCGCACAAGGCCUGAUCGGCCAUCAUUCCACCGGGACUGAUCCCCUUUUCUCUUCUUUCUGUUGUGAAACGUUUUGAUGUCGCUCAUCGUUGUAACGCAACCAUAUGUUUGGGGCUAAUUUAUUCUCUUUUACGUUACAACUCCUUCAAAGAUGAAGGUAAAUCCCCAGACCCUUUAGGCUUUUUAUUCCUGUCUAAACUGCAAGGGUGAUUCAAGCCAUAAUGCAGCCAAUAGACGCGGCCAUUCCUUAACAACGCGUACACUUCAAUCUCCAAUGCAUAUUUAUCGAGAGUCGAACUCUAAUGCAAACAAUGGAAGUUCUUAUCUCCACCUGAUAUCAACCCUUCCCGGCGUUCAGUAUUUCAUCAUCCUGUUUAUUUACCAUAACCAUUUCUGUCUCGGUAAUUCAAACCGUGUGUGGCUUCCACCGAGUUAUAUCCUUGAUACUAAUAUACAUACAUAUCGCCAUAGUGUUUUAAAGUCCUAUAUGUUUAUAGAGGUUAAUUAAAUUGACAUAUUUAACACGCGUUGUCACACACACACACCAACAGUAUCACUAUUUUACUAUUAAUUACACUGUAAUUUCCAGACAAGGUGUAGGUAGUUGUGUUUAUAAUUAAACUGGUGUACUUCGGUUUGAAUAAGUCGUGAUAUAUUUUGGUGUUGUAAGUAUGGAUAUUAUUGAAGACAACAGAACUGCGCUUUUCGAAGAGGGGAAAGAAGAUGCUCUACCCACAUCCAACGGGCGCGUAAAGCUGCACAACGCCCGCCUCAAAUCCAUCCAAGACGACCACCUUUACCAUAUCGCCCUCUCAACCGGAAGUGACGAUCUCAGGCGCCUCUUCGGAGAUGUCAAGGUCGUGUGUUUUGGCGGCCAAGCGACACGGAUGGAAAAGUUUGCGCGGUUUAUCGCGCGUGAAUUUGAUGUCAGCGACACGGUUCAUAACUUCGCUGCCGGCACGGACCGCUAUGCCGUGUACAAGGCCGGACCAGUUCUCUCCGUCAGCCACGGUAUCGGCAUCCCCUCACUGUCCAUCGUCUUUCAAGAGAUCGUAAAACUCAUCUACUAUGCUGGUUGUGAAAACGUCACGUUCUUUCGCAUUGGCACGUGCGGUGGUAUAGGCUUGGAGCCUGGCACGGUGGUCAUCAGCCAGAAGGUUGUCAACGGCGCAUUGGAACCAGUCUAUAAGCAGUAUAUCCUCGGGCGUGCGGUUGAACGGCCGGCGAAAGUGGACAGCGACCUUAUCCGCCAACUGUACGCCUGUAGCCAAAACGACGACAAGUUCAAAACCGUGCUAGGCACCACCCUGUGUGCCGAUGAUUUCUAUGAAGGUCAGGGACGGAUGGACGGGGCGUUCUGUGAACACGAGGAGGAGGAAAAGUUUCUAUGGUUACGGGAGCUAGCGGACCGUGGGGUGACCAACAUGGAAAUGGAGUCCCUUGGCUUCACGGCUCUCUGUGACCGCGCAAACAUACCGGGGGCUGUAUGCUGUGUAACGCUGCUCGACCGGUGCGAGGGAGACGGGAUCACCACUAACCUGCAGCUGUUACACGAGUGGCAGACCUACCCACAGAUUCUCGUGGCUCGUUACAUCCGGAACCGCCUUGGUCUCUAGCCGCAUCACUUCCUCGCUGAUCUACUUUGUCCGUGCCUGUCGAUCAAGCACUGCAUAGGCGUGUCACUCUUCACGCGGACCGAUACAUACCUCGUGUGCGCACCGCUAAAUGCCUCUUGUGGUGAUUAAAUUAAACAUUCUUGUACAAAGAUUUGAAGAGUUCACUAGUUUGCCAAAUUCAACGCACUGGCGUUUAUUUUGCCAAAAUAUUGUGUUUUGCCAUUGAUGUGGGUUAAUUUUGAGAUAUAAUAUGUUGAAAAGACAUGUGUUAUAUAGAACAAAGUGUUUAUGCAUUUCUUGUAUUCAGUGCAGCUUGCAUUCGUUCAAUACGUUCCGUGCCAUUCUUUUUCUGCCCGUCGCUCGGCGGUCGUGAUUGGUCAAUUAUUUGCUGUGAUUUGUUUUGAUAGACUUUUGAAUAAUUAACCUAAAUUUCGUGUUAAAUUAUGACGUCAUAUCCUUACAUAUAUAUUUUUUCGUCAUGACUAUCAACCGUUUUAAUGACUACAAGAACAUCUUCAAACAUCCCCGGUAUUCUGUAACCUUCUCAUCAUCAUUAUUUAUUUACCGUAGGGUGAUAAACUGGCAUAACCGCACUUUCCAAUCAAGUGCAUUAUUGGGGGAGACUUUUUUAGGAAUUGAAGCAUUUACUUUUCAGAUUUCGUUGCAAGUAGAUAAGGUCCUUAUAGAUGUUGAACCUCUCUGUUGUAUUAAUAGUUAAGGAAAAACAGAUAUGUGUAAGGUGCUAUCAUUUUUUACGACUAACAAGUGUUGUUUUUAUAUGUAUACAAGAAAUAUACGUCAGUAUUACUUUGUGUUAAAAAUAACCACGUCCUGACCAUUGUAUGCAUAAUUUGUACAUAGAUUGCUAAGAUUUUGAUCAUA